AUGGGAUUGAAGGGCAAUAUGACGAAUUUUGCAGUCACCCGCAAAAAAAUAAUCCGUGAGCCAACUUCCUCCAUGAACUUAGUCAUAAGUACAUCUAGAAUAGUUGAUGCCGAUGAAAAAACCGGACAAAUAGUAGAAGAAAUAAGUUCAACUACCGGUGGGCAAUCUGAAGGACCGAAAACACUAGAGAGAGGAUUGAAGUCGAGACAUGCUCAAUUGAUUGCUAUUGGUGGAGCCAUUGGUACGGGUUUAUUUGUUGGGUCAGGUGCGGUAUUGGUUACUUGUGGACCAGCAUCCCUUUUCCUUUCAUAUGUCAUCAUGUCAUCAGUGGUGUAUUUCGUGAUGCAAAUGUUGGCCGAGAUGACAAUAUUUUUACCAUUACCCGGUAAUGGUCCAUUGGCAUUUAUUAAUAACUUUUUAUCACCUUCUUUUGGGUUUGCUUUAGGAUGGAACUAUUGGUAUGCGUUUAGUGUAUUGGUUGGGGCUGAAGUUACUGCCGCUGCUGUCGUUAUUGAGUAUUGGACUACCUCAGUCAGUACUGCCGUGUGGAUAACUAUAUUGUUGGCGGUGAUUAUAUUUAUGAAUAUGACGUCGGUCAAGUUCUUUGGUGAAGCUGAAUUCUGGUUUGCCUCAAUAAAGAUUAUUGCCUUGGUAGGGUUGAUUAUCAUGAGUAUUGUGUUGUUCUUUGGAGGUGGUCCAAACCAUGAUAGAUUGGGGUUCAGGUAUUGGAAGCAUUCGCCAUUCAAAGAACACCUUACAGGUGGUUCAACAGGGAGAUUCUUGGGAUUAUGGACAGCUAUUAUCAAGUCAGGAUUUUCAUACAUCACGUCACCAGAAGUUGUUUCGACAACAAUGGGGGAAACUAUUGCCCCACGAGCCAAUGGUGCCAAGGCUGCUCGUCGUUUUAUUUACCGUUUGGUUUUCUUUUACGUUUUGGGAUCUUUGAGCAUUGGUGUUAUUGUAAGUUCAAGAGACAAAAAAUUGUUUGGAGGUGCUUCUGACUCGUCAGGCAGUCCCUUUACUAUUACUAUCCAGAAUGCUGGCAUCAAAGGAUUAAACCAUGUUAUAAAUGCAGUCAUCUUGACGUCAGCAGAAUCGGCCGGUAAUUCAUUCUUGUAUUCUGCUUCGAGAGCAUUGUUCUCUAUGGGCCAAAGUGGGAACGCUCCUAGACUUUUUGCUAGAGUCAACAGGUUUGGUAUACCAGUUUACAGUGUUGCCGCUUCCUCUUUAUUUGGAUUUUUGUCGUACUUGAAUGUGUCGUCUGCUUCCGCAAGCGUGUUCAGUUGGCUUUCAAAUAUUUCGACAAUUUCAGGAUUCAUAGGCUGGCUAUCAAUUGCAAUUGCUUACCUUCGCUGGAGAAAGGCAAUACAGUUCCACGGUCUCUCCGACCGUGUUCCUUACAGAUCGUACUUGGAACCAUUUGGAGCUUACUAUGUCAUAUUUAUGAUGUCUAUAAUAACCAUCACCAACGGUUAUGCUGUGUUUUUUGACUUUAAGGGUGCUGACUUUGUUGCUGCCUAUAUAACCUUGCCCAUUGUGGUUGUAUUGUACUUUGGACACUGGUUGUAUGAGCGUUUCAUCAAGGGAAACAAGUUAUGGUUUAUUCCAAUAGAGGAUAUCGACUUGACGACAAACUUGGACUUGAUUGAAGAGGAGGAGCAGAAUUACGAGCCACGCGUACCAAAGAAUUUGUUGCAAAAAUUCUGGUUCUGGUUAGCAUAA